CAUACAGUUCGACACGUUGCAACCGCUUCCAUACCGUUCUACCGACUUCUCCCUGUGUUUUCUUGUUCAAAAUCUUGUAUAAAACUGAUCAAAAUGAAAGCUUUAAUCCUCGUUGGAGGSUAUGGCACACGACUAAGGCCUUUGACGCUUUCUAGGCCGAAACCUUUGGUAGAAUUCUGCAAUAAGCCGAUGUUAUUGCAUCAAGUUGAAGCUCUUGUUGAGGCUGGAGUCACACAUAUCAUUUUAGCUGUCAGUUACCGAGCAGAACUAUUGGAAAAAGAAAUGAAAGAACAGGAACAAAGACUUGGAGUUAAAAUUACAAUUUCACUAGAAAAGGAGCCAUUAGGAACAGCCGGACCACUUGCUCUCGCCCAUGACCAUCUAACUACAGACUCAGAGCCAUUCUUUGUGCUGAACAGUGAUGUUAUAUGUGACUUCCCCUUCAAAGAUAUGGUUAAAUUUCAUAAAGAUCAUGGAAAAGAAGGAACAAUAGUGGUAACCAAGGUUGAAGAGCCUUCCAAAUAUGGUGUGGUAGUCUAUGACGGCAAAACUGGACAAAUUGAGAAAUUUGUGGAAAAACCRCAAGUCUAUGUGUCUAACAAAAUCAAUGCAGGACUUUACAUUUUCAGCCCAGAGAUGUUAAACAGAAUAGAGUUAAAACCUACCUCUAUUGAAAAAGAAGUCUUUCCAUACAUGGCUAAUGAUGGUCAGCUGUUUGCUUUUGAUUUACAAGGUUUUUGGAUGGACGUUGGUCAACCUAAAGACUUUUUAACAGGAAUGUGUAUGUACUUGAAUUCACUCAGRCAUAAGUCUCCUGAGAAGCUCCAUGAAGGUGUUGGUUUUGUAGGAAAUGUUUUAGUGGACCCUACUAGCAAAAUAGGACAGCAGUGCCGUAUAGGACCGAACGUCGUUAUAGGACCAGGGGUUGUGAUACAAGACGGAGCUUGUCUUUCYAGGUGUGUAAUUCUACGUGACUCUGUUAUAAAGUCUCACUCGUGGAUUCAAUCGUCUAUUAUUGGUUGGAGAUCGCAGGUUGGACAAUGGGUUCGCAUGGAAGGCGUGUCAGUACUCGGCGAAGACGUCACAGUCAAAGAUGAAUUAUAUAUUAACGGUGGACGAAUUCUCCCACACAAAUCAAUUUCAAACUCGUCACCAGACCCACARAUCAUAAUGUAGAAUCAUUUCAUUCACAGGGGACCCCAAGGGUAAUUUUCUGACGCUUCCUAAUAAUUCCGCUAAUUAUUGCCAUUGCAAUUUCUCCAGGGAUUUUGCGAGAAUUUUAGAUUUCACAUGUAAAUAGAUGCAUCUAGCUCUCUGAAAAAGAUUUCAUUCUCACCAUGAAUAUUUGCAAUCUUAAACGUCAAAUGACAAUCGUGUAUUGUUAAUGACAUGCAUGGCAGGCAUACAUGCAUUAGCCACCAUAUUUACGCCCGCUUGACGUUAGGGAUUGCAUGCGUAAUUUAGACACGUAUUUACGAACGGUUGACGUAAAGUAAGGUUUUGCAUACGUAAUGUAGACACGUAUUUACGCACAAGUUGACGUAAAGUAAGGUUUUGAAUAUGUAAUUUAGACACCUAUUUACGUAAAAGUUGACGUAAAGUAAGGUAUUGAAUACGUAACUUAGACACGUAUUUACGCACAGUUGACAUAAAGUCGGGUAUUACAUGCGUUCUUCGCACAUGCAUUUACUUGACAUGCACGGGUAAGACAUGUAGAUUUACGUAGAUGUUAGGUAAUGAAUGCAGUCAGUAUAACGCAACGUUUUGGAUGUGGAAUUGGACGGACUACCGCAAGUUUUUAACUUGCGCAGUUUUGUACUAUUUUGUUAUUCGUAUUUCAGAGUUUUAUUCAAAUCGGUUUUGCUUUCAGAAACCUUAUUUUACAAACAUCACGUUUGCGUAAUCUAAAUCUAAAUCACUCAGUUCAUAUUUUACGUCAUUGAUAAAUGGGUGCUACUACUAUCAGACAUAAAUGGACAAUCAGGUCGUAGAAUGUUAGUCCUAAUAAAAUGUUUUUAGAAGCC